AUGGCCGAGUGCGGGCGGAAGGCGCUGUCUCUCCUGGAAGCGGCCCGCUCCCGGUAUGAGAGCCUGCAGAUAUCCGACGACGUGUUCGGCGAGUCCGGGGACGACAGCAGCGACAAUCCCUUCUACAGCACCUCGGGGGACUCCGACUCCGACAACUACAUGGCAGAGGCGGGCGAGCAGGAGCUGCAGCACCAUCAGCACCACCGCCACCCAAAGCGCGGGGACAAGGACUGUGGCCACAGCGGGGGGUCUGGCGGAGGGUCCGCCGGCGGGAGCAGCGGGCCCCCGGGCUCCCUCACCCGGAGCCAGGCGGAGGAGGAAGGCUGGACGGAGACGCUGCAGGACGUCACGGUCCCGCCGUACAAAGAGACAUACGGACCCGCUCAGAAGAUACCGGCCUCUGCCACUGCCUUGGACUUUUUCCAGCUCUUCGUCCCAGAUAACUGCAUCCAAAACAUGGUCACCCAGACAAACAUGUAUGCCAAGAAGUAUCAGGAGCGCUUCGGCUCCGAAGAAGGCUGGUGUCCCGUCACGGCUCAGGAGAUGAAGGCCUUCCUGGGCUUCGUCAUCUCCACCAGCGUGCACCGCUGCGAGUCGGUGCUCAGCAUCUGGAGCUCGGGCUUCUUCAGCAACAGAAGCAUCGCCUUGAAGAUGAGCCAGUCGCGUUUCGAGAAGAUCCUCAAGUACUUUCACAUCGUGGCUUUCCGCCCGUCCCAGGGGAGCAAUCAGGGCCUUUACAAGAUCCAGCCGUUCCUGGACUCGCUGCAGCAGUCGUUCAGCUGCACCUUCAGGCCCUCGCAGACACAGGUUCUUCAUGAGCCACUGAUUGAUGAGGAUCCCGUGUUUAUCACCACCUGCACAGAAAGAGAUCUGAGGAAGAGGAAGAAGAGGAAGUUCAGUCUGUGGGUGCGGCAGUGCACCUCCACCGGAUUCAUCUGCCAGAUCUCCGUCCAUCUGAAGGAGGGACAGGGCACAGAUGGACUGGCCACCUUGAAGAACAAGCCCCAGCUCCACAGCCUCGUGGCCAAGCAGCUCUGCCAGAACAUCUCCGGCAAGAACGCCAUCAUCUUCACGGGGCCGUCCAUCACGAGCCUCGGCCUCUUCUCUGAGUUCAGCAAGCAGGAUAUCUACUGCUGUGGCUUGCUGAGCACCAGGAAGAGUGACUGCACAGGUUUGCCCCAAAGCAUGCUGGUCUGCAGCUCAACGCCGGCGCAGCGCGGACAGUCACGCGUGAUGAUGAAGGGCAGCAUGUCUCUGAUCAGCUGGUACAAUAAGGGACACUUCAGGUUCAUUACAAAUGCCUACUCACCAACAAAAGAAGGAGUGAUUAUUAAGAGGAAAAGUGGAGAAAUACCGUGCCCUCUUGCCGUCGAAGCCUUUGCGGCGCAUCUCAGCUACAUCUGCAAAUACGACGACAAGUACAGCAAAUAUUUUAUCUUCCACAAGCCCAACAAGACUUGGCAGCAGGUAUUCUGGUUGAGCAUCAGCAUCGCCAUCAAUAACGCGUACAUCCUCUACAAGAUGUCCGACGCCUACGCCGUCAAGCGCUACAGCCGAGCGCAGUUUGGAGAGAGACUGGUCAGGGAGCUGCUGGAUCUGGACGACUGUUCCCCCACACAGUGAGAUGAAAGAGGAGGACGAAGAGGAGGAUGAAGACAGAAAUACAAUCUCUCCCACAUGUUAAUUUCCACUUGGUUGUACAGGCCUCCUGGGUCUGUGUCAGUGUGCCAAGCUCCCGUCUCUCUCUUCCUGUAGUUGUUAAUUUCUGCCCCUGUAAAUAUUCACUGACACACAACUGCACUGUAUGCAUUAUUAAGAGCCACCUGGGGUAGCUCCCCCCCUGCCUCAGCUGCUACUGUUAGCCACACACUUCUGGCGUCAGCAGAAUCAGAGAUGAAACGAGAAACAACAAAACGAGUCGGAUUUCACUCAGAAAUGAUGUCACCUUAAAGUUUUUAGUCUUAUCAAAGAGUUCAACUAUUUAACAAUUUAAUAAGCCUGAAUUAAACUGAAAAUGUCUUAAAAAAAAAAAAAGCGAAAAAAACUAAAAACACACUUGGCACCUUGUAACAAAGUCCGAGUAAACACGACACUGCAUGCAUUGAGAAUGUAGAUUGUGACGUUUGUGUUGUUAAGUGUGGAAAAGAUUUUAGCUCCAGGCGAGCUGUGAAAUAAUUGUGUGUGUGCGUGUCUGUGUGUGUGUGUGUGUGUGUGCGUGUGUGUGUGUAUGUGUUCAGUGAGUAGAACUGCCAUUUGUGUGUCUGAUGUCAAGCCUGAGGAUUGAAGCGUGUGACACCUGUGACCCAAAUGUGUCGUUAUGUUGCACACCAUGUUCACUAAGGGUGCAUCGUCAGUAAAAAGGGAUGCCUCAUACAGGACCGUGUCCAUCUGCCCAUCAUAGCUGCCCGCAUCAGAAAAAUCCUGACGAGAAAGCCAUAAAGUUCCCGCUGGAGCUGUAGUGUUUUUUUUUUUUUUUUUAUUCUCUAACUGUAAUGGUAAAAACAAACAGAAAAACCAACAUAAAUUACAUCCAUACAGGGUUUUGCAAAAGUAUUCAUACUACUUGAACAUGAUACGUGGCUGCAUAUCUUCAGUAGAGACAAAGAAAGCUUUCUAGAAGGAUGGAGGUAAAUGCGGAGCAGACCUGGGAGCAAACCUCUCAAGAGGCUGCAAAAGCCUUAAGACUGUGGCAGUCUUAAGGUCGACCUCUUCAUUACAGGGGUCGACCUUCUGGCAAACCGGAGAGGUGAUGGAACGAUUUUAGCUCAGAACGUCUUCCUGUCGACGUCCGUACCUAAAUCCUCUCCGUCCAACCCGACUGAGCUUGAGCUGUUUGCAGAGAGGAAGUGGCUGAGAUUGUCUGUCACUGCUGCAUUCAAAAGAAUGCCUCACAAUUUAGUUUUUUCUUCUUUUUUUUCUUUUUACUGAAAACUAUGCAUCAUUUCCCUUCCUUUCCUUACAUACUACUUUGUGUUGGUUUGUUUAAUCCCAGUUUGAAGUUUUGUGAGUUAUGUGACAUAAUGUGAAACAGUUCAAGUGGGGUGAAUACUUUGGGAGGCUCUGUGUGGUUUGUUUUAGGAGAUUAACUGAUUAAUUAAAGUGACUGAUUUGUUUGAUUAUAUAUAUAUAAUCUAACAAAAGGUUGUUUGUUUGUUUGUUUGUUUUUUUAAAUUACAUUAAUUUCUUCUUAAUUACUUUUUUUUUAAACUCGUAACUUCAUUACACUGUUUACAUCCAACUAAGCAUUUAAUUGCCGGUGCCAUUGUUUUUGGCAGGAGUCCUUUCCCUCCUCCUGCUUCACAGUGAGGUAUAACUGAGUUUUGGAGGGCAGGAAACGUCCGAGCACGCCGCCGUUGCCAGGCGGUGAGUACAGACUUGGCCGCUGUUCAGGGCUCCGUUCAGAUAGUAACGUUUGGCCAGAUUUACUGUGGAAGCGGAGAGCAAAAACGGGUCUGGAGGCAAUCAGGUUAAGAUGAUGAUAGUCGUGGUUUGACUUUGAUGUGACGCAACAAAAUUAUACAAGUAAGACGGCGAGUCGUGUUACAAAGGGAUUUUAUGAGAUAGAAGAGGAUUUUUGUAGAUAGUAUUUCUCAGUGUGGCAUUAGCCUCUGGAGAGAAGCCACCUUUUCCUCGUCUGAGCUCAAACUGCGCCAUAUUGCCGUCUGAAGAAUGACUCACCUGGCUUGGCUGAACAUGGUGGGGCUUCAUUCCUGUUGUGAUGCUGGGAAAACAUUAUGAAGAGUUUUAUAUGUGUGAAAAGUAUUGCGUCAGCAUGGUUCGGUGUGUGAAUACAUGAUGUUACAGUGAUACGACGGCAUUCGUUUAGUGAUUCACUCAUUCACCUUUCCAUCAUCCCCAUCACAGUCUUGCACUUUGAAAGCUUUGAAGCUUUUCAUUUUGGGCAAAAAAAAAAAAAAAAAAGUCAAACAUACAUUGGUGGUGUGGGUGAGAUCUGUAAAUAUAGGUAGAGAAAUGACUAAUAUAUAUGUGAAAAUACACAAACGAUUAUAGGGUGAAAAUGAAAGAGAAGAUCUACAACAGAAGGGAUGUCCUUUUGGUUUCAUUUUAAUAACCACUCCGUCUCUCAGACUGAAGAUUGUGAUUUCUUUUUAUCCUCUCACUAACCCAGACCAUAGCUGUUGAUAGUCUUGUGCGUGUGAACCCCUGAACUUUGUAAAUGAAUGUUUCGGACUGCCAACAACUGACACUGUUUAUCCGAUGGCGCGCAUCUCUCAUGUCACCUCAUGAUUUUAACACGUUUGAUAUUAUGUCAUCACUCAAAGACAUGAAUUAUUGACUGAACAUAUUUUUUUUUAUGUCGACAGGUUCCACAUAAUUGCAUUAUGUUAGUUGAAAGAAAAACAGAUGCGGCAAUCUAGCAUUAUAACUUUAUGUUUAAGAUAAAAUGAAUUAAUUAACCCAACUAAUUCAAAUCACUUCACAUUCACAAAAUAGAAGUUAGUUGAACUAACUUAACUUUUUUGUGUUAGUCUGACAAACACUCUUUCAGUGAACUUAUGUUUUAUUCAUUCACUAAACAUAAACAAAUUAUGUUACUUUAACAAAUGAGAUUAGCUUUCCAUCAACCAAUAUGUUUGGUUGAUGGAUACAAAACAUUGUCUUUCAUUAAAUCAGUCUGAAAAUAAUCCCACAAUAAUAAUAUUUUUGAUCAUCUUGCUGGUUGCCCUACAUUUAGCUGCAUUCUCCUCCAUUCACAGCUGUGUGUCUUUGUUGCUUUACUGACCCACACAAAGUGUGAUGAAUGGACGUGUCUCUGUUCCGACAAGGCAAAUGUCUGAAGUACCAUCUCAGUGUGUCCUCCAGAGGUCAUUUGAUGCAGAGAAGCAUCUAAACCAUACAGGAUGUUGGACAGGGCGCUGACACUGAAGUACUGGAUUUAGGUGGACAGUAAAGUUUUUUGUUUGUUUUUGUUUUUUUGUUUUUUUUAGCACCAAUUGUGCAAUCCGCUCCCAUGUCCAGAUCAUGGACCAAUUAGACGUUGGUCCAUAAGAUGUUCAAACUGUUUUAUAAACUAACCCUGCAUUAAACAUCUCCACACCUCUA